AUGUCAGGACAACAGGGUUCUUCUGCCUGUGAAUUGUUUGCAAUUGUUGCAUUUUCAACGCUCUCAAUGAGUAUCAACAUGAGUGAGGGACUUCUCUCUGGAUUUAUUGGGAUACUGCUACAGUUCUACGUCCUACAGAAUAUCAGUCAGAUUAAACAGGCUACAAUUCUGGUUGCGACGCUAAUUAUGAUUCGCAUGUCAUUUUCAGCAAUAAAGAGAACAAAUACAAUAAUGCCUGUUAACGUAGGCAGAGACCACUUCGACCUAAUGAGAUCCACUCUGAUAACACUCGUUGUAAUUUGCAUAUUCAUGUGCGAUUACAAAUCAAUUUGGAAUAGUAGGUUUGAUAAGACUGAGAAUAGUGGAAUCAGUCUGAUGGACAUUGGUGUACCAGUAUUCGCAUUCGUAAACGCAUUCACCAAAACAAGAAGUCAUAGGAGAAUUCUGACCUGGAAAAUAAUUUAUUUGGUUGCACUUGGAUUCACUCGAAUGGGAACAAUCAGAUUUCUGAAAUACGACGUAUCACCAUUAGAAUACGGAAUUCACCUGAAUUUCUACUUCAUGCUAGCAAUACAUGAGCUAUGUCACGGGAUAUACAGGCGGAUUGUAGACCAAUUCUACCUGUUUGAUACGGUGAUAGGCGCAUUGGUGCUAUCUGCGUACUACAAGUUGACCAGAUUCCCAUUUCUAGAAGAAUACCAAAGAACAACCUGGCUCAGACAGAACAUCGAGGGAAUCUAUUCGAUUGUCCCAUUCUUCGCAUUCUACCUGAUUGUAGCUGACUUCGGCCGCUACUACGAGAAGAGACGAUUCAAAGGACUCAUCAUCUACGUCAAUACAGCCAUAGUUAUGCUUAUUUAUGCAUACAUGCGCAUAACAGCAGAACACAAACAAAUUUCCAAGAAGGAGCUGCUGAAUCUGCUUCAUGAAACCAGAAACAGCCUCGUCAGCCGCAGAUCCACGAACGUGUUCUACGUCCUCUGGUCACUGGUGAUUUCCUACGUCUCCUUUGCCACGAGUUAUACAGUCUGCCGCCUCUCUCCCCAUUCUGUCCACCUGAACACGAUGGUCACCUUCGUCUCAAGAAACAUGCUGAUUGUCUUCCUGGCUGGCAACAUUGGAAUCAUCGUCUCCAAAUCCACUGGUCUCUGUCCCCAUCCCCUUGCAGCCAACAUCAUCUACUUGUUCUCUAUCUUCAUGCUCCUUGGAUGGAUUAGAACAAGAAUCAUAAGAAGGUGA